AUGAAAUCUCCUCGUAUUCAUAACUUAAAUGACAUUCUCAUUAUGGCAGAACAAAUCAAAGGGGAAAUUGGUAGCAACGAAUUCUUCGACCUGGGCAAUCAACAUGACUACAAUCCUGAAGAUGUAGUUAGCAGAAUGCCGGAUGACAUUCUCAUUACCAUACUUUCCUAUCUCACUGUCAAGGAAGCAGCGGUCACCAGUCAUCUUUCAAAAAGAUGGAGGCACUUGUGGCGUCGGACAGUUCAUUUGGAUUUUGAAGAUAAUGGAAGAAAGGAACAGAUAUUGCUGCAACCGAAGUUGCGCUUGCCAGCAAGGAACCGAUACAUCAACUGGGUUAACAGGGUGAUGUGUCAUCACAACAGCCCAAUGAUUGAAGAUUUCGUAAUUUCCUUUAAUCUGGACAAGCAAUCAAAGGGUGCGAUAACUAAAUGGAUAGAGUUUGCCAUGUCGAAGAAUGUCCAAAAUCUUGAACUUAAUUUAAUGGAGGAUGAAGAUGGUUUCAGUGAUGAUGUGAGAAACUUUGUUUUUCCCAUCAAAAUCUUCAUUAAAAAGACAAGGCUGUCAUGUAGGCAACAUUCUAUGAAUGUUCCUCCCAUGCCCUUUACUAUGGUGAGGGAGAUUAAGUUUCUAAAAACUCUCAUCUUGAAGUGUGUUAACAUCAACGAUGAAACCAUAGGAGAAAUGAUGAAGAGUUGUCAGGUCCUAGAGCAUCUCCACAUUCAUAACUCGGGCCAUUUGGUUAAGCUUAUCAUCAGGGGGCCAGCGCUUGCUUUAAGAAAACUUGAGAUAAGACAAUGUUUAGGACUUCAAUCCAUUGAGAUACGUGAUUCAAACCUUGCAUUGUUCGAGUACUUGGGUUCCGGAAUACCUUUAACACUCAAUAAUAAUCCAAGCCUUGAAACGGUUUACCUCGGUGCAGGAUAUUCAGGGAUAGAGAAUAAUUUGUUUCAGCAGAUAUCUGGAUGUCUCCCUUACCUUCGUAAUCUUAGAUUGAACAUCUACCGUCCAAAGAAUAAUAUGCACCUUCUUUCUUUCCCUGAGAUGCCUAAAGUGAAGGAAUUCUCAAUAAUAGUAGGAGCAUGGAAUGAUGAUAGUCUUCUUGGGUUGACUUGUUUGGCUAAAGCAUGCCCAAAUUUGCAGGAAUUUAAAAUUCAGCUGAUAUGGAUAACACCUGUGAUCACAGCAAGGGAAAUAAUGCAUGGGAUGAGGCAUACACAUAAACACCUGGAAGUGGUGGAGAUAGCCGGGUAUUUUGGCCGGACCAGUGACCUUGAACUGGCUUUAUAUUUUUAUGAUAAUAGCGUUGCACUGAAGAAGAUUGUGGUUUGUCCUGCUUAUCCCACUAUGAGUCGAAAACCUAUUUCUAGUGACAUAUUGAGGAAACAGAGGUUAGCCAGGCUUGCUGCACGACUCCAGUUGGGACAUAGAAUAUCCCGUGGUGUAGAGUUGGUAAUAUUCUAG